AUGCCUAUGCUUGUCGACCCCGCUACCAAGUAUCUCCCUUAUCCCACUGUGCCGUUCCCUCCCGGCUACGUUCGCCAAUGGCCUAACCGAAGAACCACUGUUGCCCCCACCUGGCUGUCCACCGAUCUUCGAGAUGGCAACCAAGCACUCAUCAAUCCAAUGAACAACAAAACCAAACUCGAACUCUUUAGACUGCUCGUCAAAAUUGGCUUCAAGGAGAUCGAAGUAGCCUAUCCUUCUUCGUCGGAAUCAGACUUCGAGUUUUGCCGAUAUCUCAUCGAGAACAACGAAGUUCCCGAUGACGUGUCUCUUCAGAUCAUCACUCCGGCUCGUGCUGACCUCAUUGAGAAGUCCAUCGCUUCGCUGGCAGGCGCCAAGAAGGCGAUCAUUCAUCUCUACAACGCCGUCUCGCCUCUCUUCCGCGAGGUCGUUUUCCGCAACACAGAGGAGAAGACCAUCGAUCUCACCCUCAAUGCCGUUCGCCUCGUGAAGAAGCUCACGGAGGAGGAGACCGCUCGUUCUGGCACCCACUUUCGUUUGAAUUACUGUCUGGAGACGUUCUCGCAGACAGAACCCACCUUCGCUGUCGAGCUUGGAAACCGCGUCCUCGAGGCUUGGGGCAAAGCCGGUCCUGGCGAUGACAAGGUGACAUUCAACCUCGCUGCUACCGUGGAAUGCGCCCCAUCCAAUCACUACGCCGAUAUGGUCGAAUAUUUUGGGAACAACAUCAACCAGCGAGAGAAUGUCAUUCUCAGCAUCCACCCUCACAAUGACCGAGGCACUGCUGUUGCUGCCGCAGAGCUUGGCGUUCUCGCGGGCGGUACCCGAGUCGAAGGCUGCCUCCUCGGCAACGGCGAGCGGACCGGCAACGUCGAUCUUAUCACUCUCGCGCUCAAUCUCUAUUCUCAGGGUGUCUCACCCAGCCUCGACUUCUCCAACCUUCCCGAAAUCGUCGAGGUCGUCUGUCGCUGCAACGAGAUGAUGACGCCUCAACGCUACCCCUACGCCGGCCAGCUCGUCUUCACCGCUUUCGCCGGUACCCACCAGGACGCUAUCAAGAAGGGUCUCGAGUCGCAGAGGAAGCGUUGGGAGAAGGUGGAUCAGACUGGAGAAGGGAUCAAGUAUUGGUCGGUUCCGUACAUCCCGCUCGACCCGAAGGACCUUGGCUAUGGGUACGAGAACCUCAUCCGUGUCAGCAGCCAGAGUGGCAAGGCAGGCGCGGCCUACAUCAUCAAGGAGACCAUGGGCAUCGAUCUCCCUCGCCGCAUGCAGGUCGCAUUCUACAAGGCCGUACAGCACGAGAGCGAGCGUACCCAACGCGAGAUGACCGUCAACCUCCUCAAAGACGUCUUCCACACUACCUUCGGUCUCACUCCCUCCCCUUCCGACCGUCUUGCCCUUCGUUUUGUCGACCUUCGCCCUCUAUCCCCGUCUACCGCUUCGUCCGACGACUCUGAAGAACUUAACAGUGCCGCAGACGAGUCCCAUGUUUCGCUCGAUGCUCAGAUCGAGGUGGACGGCAAGUCGCGCCACAUCCAAGGCAAGGGUCGUGGCCCCGUCGCUGCUCUCCGCGACGCCCUCCAGUCUCACCUCGACCUUGAGCUCACCGUCGGCGAGUCCCAUUUGCAGAACUGCGAUGGAGGUAUCGCCGCUAUCCUCGAUGUUUCCUCUGCUUCCUCGUCGGAGUCCGCUUGGGGCGUUGGAAUUUCUGGCGAUGUCGUCGACGCCAGGUGCAAGGCCUUGAUCGGUGCCGCAAACCAGCUGAUCGCCGCUGAUGCCGUUUUCCCUCGCGCGAAGAUGGUGUUCGCUGCUCGCAACCUGCCUGGAGUUCCCACUCCCCAGGAGGGUUACUUCCCCGACUUGCGCGCCGGUCAUUCGCUUGUGCCCUCACGUCCGACUACGCCCGUGAGCCUGAGGGGUGUCGAGGCUUCGUAAGCUUCUC